AUGGGUGACUGGAACUUGUUAGGAAGUAUACUGGAAGAAGUUCAUAUCCAUUCAACUAUAGUGGGGAAAAUAUGGCUCACCAUCCUCUUCAUAUUUAGAAUGUUGGUGCUUGGAGUGGCUGCUGAAGACGUCUGGGAUGACGAGCAGGAGGAAUUUAUAUGUAACACAGAACAACCAGGCUGCAGGAAUGUUUGUUAUGACCAAGCAUUCCCUAUCUCACUUAUUCGGUACUGGGUAUUACAAAUAAUAUUUGUAUCCUCUCCAUCUCUUGUAUACAUGGGGCAUGCACUUUACCGACUGAGAGCUCUGGAAAAGGAGAGGCAAAGGAAAAAAGCACAGCUCAGGGCAGAGCUGGAACAGUUGGAAGCUGUUAUUGAUGAACAAAGAAGACUUGAGAAAGAGCUAAGAAAGCUAGAGGAGCAAAAGAAAGUAAACAAGGCUCCACUUAGAGGUUCUCUUUUACGGACAUAUGUGCUGCAUAUCCUAACCAGAUCUGUGGUAGAAGUUGGCUUUAUGGUGGGCCAGUAUUUUCUGUAUGGAUUUGAUGUUAAUCCAUUGUAUAAAUGUUCACGUUUCCCUUGUCCAAAUAUAGUAGAUUGCUUUGUGUCCAGACCAACAGAAAAGACUAUCUUUAUGGUGUUUAUGCACAGUAUAGCUGCUGUGUCACUGUUUUUGAAUAUUUUAGAAAUUUUCCAUUUAGGUAUAAAGAAAAUCAGACAAGGACUUUAUGGAAAGCACAUGGCUGAUGUGACAGAGGAUGAAAUAAGCAUUUGUAAAUCUAAAAAGAACUCAGCGCAGCCAGUUUGUAUACUAAGCAAUUCUUCCCCAAACAAGAUUAUUCCUUUGUCUUCAGGUGGUUACAAAUUAAUAACUGACCAGCAAAUGGACUCAGUUGGAUUACCAGCUUAUCUUCCACCAGCACCUGGAUUUAAGGAAGUACAAAUAAUAAGAGACCAAAAUCAGUUUAGUGAUGUUAUGGCUACUGAGAAGCAUAGAAGGAGUGUGGAUCAGUUUACCACAGAUCAACAUAGUGGACAGCUUAAUAUGAAUUGCAAGCAAGAGUCUCAUUAUGUAGAACGCCAGAGGAUGGGUAAUCACACGGACCAAUACCAUGCACAAAGUCUAAGCAGAACCCCCCUUGAUCAACACAUAGGGGAGUGUAGAGAAGAACCCUACAACUCUUCCCUGCAGAAGCGGAAUCUCUCAUCUAGCAGUGAGGAUUCAAACAAGAAAUCUAAGCGUAACAGUUGUCUUGGGUCCAAGAGCUGCCUUAAAAGCCAUCAGUCUUUAGAUCAAGCAAGCCAGAGUAAAGUGCAUCCCCUCAGAUCAUGCCUACAUUCAAGUCAUAUGGAACUACCAUCAGCAAUACGCAAAUAUAGCAGAGUCAGUAGCUGCAAGGACUUUGCCGAAGAUCGAAGUGACUCUGCAGAUAGUGGACAUCGCAAAGUUAGCUCCACUUCCAGGGGGUUCUCAGAGAGCAGACUGGCCAGUGACCCAGAUAGUUCUGAUUCAAGGAAUGGUUCAGGAUCUGAAUCAAGAAGACGAGAGGAAAGCACCAGCGUUACACCUCCUCCCCCAUCUGGGCGCAGAAUGUCAAUGGCAAGUAGAGGCAGACUAUCAAAGGCUUAUCCUCUUUACAGGCUGUUGGUCUAG